AUGAGCCCAUGCGCAGUGCCAGUCCUUCUUGUUCCUAAGAAAGGUAACCAAUGGCGAAUGUGUGUUGAUAGUAGAGCUAUUAACAAGAUAACCAUCAAGUAUCGAUUUCCUAUCCCUCGACUAGAAGAUAUGCUUGAUGAGUUGGCGGGUUCUAAGAUAUUUUCAAAGAUAGAUCUUCGUAGUGGAUAUCAUCAAAUUCGAAUCAGGCCUGGAGAUGAAUGGAAGACAGCUUUUAAGAGCAAAGAUGGAUUGUAUGAAUGGUUGGUGAUGCCUUUUGGGUUGUCAAAUGCUCCUAGUACUUUCAUGAGAUUGAUGAACCAGAUUCUUCGACCAUUCGCUGGUUCUUUUGUGGUUGUUUACUUUGAUGAUAUUUUAAUUUACAGCAAGACCAAAGAAGAGCACUUGGAUCAUUUGAAGCAGCUGGUAUUUCUAGGAUUUGUUGUUGGUGAAGAAGGGAUUCAGGUUGAUGAGGAGAAAGUGAGAGCUAUUAGGGAUUGGCCUGCCCCUAAAUCAGUCACUGAGGAGAAGCUAUGUACUGCACCAGUCUUAGCAUUGCCUGAUUUUGAUAAAGUGUUCCAAGUUGAAUGUGAUGCUAGUGGAGUUGGAAUAGGUGCUGUCUUAUCUCAAGAGAAAAGACCAGUAGCUUUCUUUAGUGAGAAGUUAAGUGAAGCUCGCCAAAGAUGGAGUACUUAUGAUCAAGAGUUUUAUGCAGUAUUUAGAGCUCUAAGGCAGUGGGAGCAUUACUUGAUUCAGAGAGAGUUUAUCUUGUUCACUGACCACCAAGCUCUGAAGUUCCUUCAUAGUCAGAAAGUGAUAAACAAGAUGCAUGCUCGAUGGGUAAGCUUUCUGCAAAAGUUUCCAUUCAUUAUUCAGCAUAAGUCUGGGACUCUCAAUAAGGUAGCAGAUGCUUUGAGUAGAAGAGCUUCCUUACUCAUUACCUUGACACAUGAGAUUGUGGGUUUUGAGUUACUAAAGGAGUUGUAUGAAAGUGAUGCUGAAUUCAAAGAAUUGUGGGAUAAGUGCAAUGGUAAACUGAUGUACUUGCAUUUUACAUAG